AUGAAGCUGGUCAGGUUCCUGAUGAAACUCAGUCAUGAGACGGUGACGGUGGAGCUGAAGAAUGGCACUCAGGUGCAUGGCACCAUCACAGGGGUUGAUGUAAGCAUGAAUACACAUUUGAAAGCUGUCAAAAUGACUGUAAAGAACAGAGAACCUGUCCAGCUGGAGACUUUGAGUAUACGGGGCAAUAACAUCCGAUACUUUAUUCUACCAGACAGUUUGCCCCUUGAUACCUUGCUUGUUGAUGUUGAACCAAAAGUUAAGUCUAAGAAAAGAGAAGCUGCAUCAGUUGCAGGCCGUGGCAGAGGAAGAGGUCGUGGGCGAGGAAGGGGCCGUGGUAGAGGAAGAGGAGGACCAAGGCGAUAG